GAAAACCCGCGCCUGCCGGUUGCCUUGGCCCCUCGCGCCCUCGCUGCCUCUGCGCAGCUCCACUUUCACUUUCGGUCGGAGAGCGAGGUUGACGGGCCGAGGUGAAGGUAAUUUGAGCAAGGAGAUGGUGUCUUUGCUCCUCAAAUGGCCACUUACAAACAUGUCCUCUUUACUUUCCUUACUGUUGAUGUUUUUAGCUGUGUCAUCCUUCUCUUGGUGUCAGAGCAGUGAUACAGCAUCUCCAAAAGCAAGUAAUGGGGCCCCAUUCCCUUGGAAUAACAUGAGACUUCCUGAGCAUAUCAUUCCAAUUCAUUAUGAUCUCAUGAUCCAUGCAAACCUUAGCACUCUGACCUUCUGGGGAACAACAGAAGUAGAAAUCAGAGCCAGUCAGCCCACCAGCACCAUUAUCAUGCAUAGUCACCAGCUGAGAAUAUCUAAGGCCACCCUCAAGAGAGGAGCUGAAGAUAGGCUGUCUGAAGAACCCCUGAGAGUCCUGGAGUACCCAGCCCACGAACAAGUUGCACUGCUGGCUUCCCAACCACUCCUUGCUGGACCCCUGUACACAGUUAUCAUCAACUAUGCUGCGAACCUUUCUGAGAGCUUCCAUGGAUUUUAUAAAAGCACCUACAGAACUCAGGAAGGAGAAAUGAGAAUACUUGCAUCAACACAGUUUGAGCCCACAGCUGCUAGAAUGGCGUUUCCCUGCUUUGAUGAGCCUGCACUCAAAGCAAGUUUCUCCAUCAAGAUUAGGAGGGAACCAAAGCACUUGGCCAUCUCCAAUAUGCCCUUGGUAAAAUCUGUGAACAUUGCUGAAGGACUCAUAGAAGAUCACUUUGACGUCACCGUGAAGAUGAGCACCUACUUGGUGGCCUUCAUUAUUUCCGAUUUCAAGUCUGUGAGCAGGAUGACUAAGAGUGGGGUCAAGGUCUCUGUGUAUGCUGUGCCAGACAAGAUAAAUCAAGCAGAUUAUGCUCUGGAUGCUGCAGUGACUCUUCUAGAAUUUUAUGAGGAUUAUUUCAGCAUUCCAUAUCCUUUACCCAAGCAAGAUCUUGCUGCAAUUCCUGACUUUCAGUCUGGUGCUAUGGAGAACUGGGGUCUGACCACAUACAGAGAAUCCUCUCUUUUGUAUGAUAAGGAAAAGUCAUCUGCAUCCAGUAAGCUUGGCAUCACAAUGACGGUGUCCCAUGAACUGGCUCACCAGUGGUUCGGAAAUCUGGUCACCAUGGAAUGGUGGAAUGACCUUUGGCUCAAUGAAGGAUUUGCCAAGUUUAUGGAGUUUGUGUCUGUCACUGUGACCCAUCCUGAACUAAAAGUUGAAGAACAUUUCUUUGGCAAGUGUUUCAGUGCAAUGGAAGUCGAUGCAUUCAACUCCUCGCACCCUGUGUCCACACCUGUGGAGAACCCUGCACAGAUUCGGGAAAUGUUUGAUGAUGUUUCUUAUGAAAAGGGGGCUUGUAUUUUGAAUAUGCUAAGAGAUUAUCUGGGUGCAGAUACAUUUAAAAGAGGAAUUGUGCAGUAUCUCCAAAAGUAUAGUUAUAAAAACACGAAAAACGAGGACCUUUGGAAUAGCAUGGCGAGUAUUUGUCACACAGAUGGUACCCAAACAAUGGAUAGCUUUUGCUCUAGAAGCAAACACUCAUCAUCAACCUCACACUGGCAUCAGGAAGGCAUAGAUGUGAAAACCAUGAUGAACACAUGGACACUACAGAAGGGCUUUCCCCUGAUAACCAUCACUGUAAGAGGGCGUAAUGUGCACAUGAAGCAAGAACACUAUAUGAAGGGUUCAGAAAGCAUCCAAGAGACUGGGUACCUGUGGCACAUUCCCCUGACAUUUAUUACCAGCAGAUCAGACACAGUCCAGAGGUUUUUGCUAAAGACAAAGACAGAUGUUCUCAUCCUCCCAGAAGCAGUGGAGUGGAUCAAAUUUAAUGUGGGAAUGAAUGGCUAUUACAUUGUGCAUUAUGAGGAUGAUGGAUGGGAUUCUUUGAGUGGCCUUUUAAAAGAAGCACACACAGCAAUCAGCAGUAAUGACCGGGCGAGUCUUAUCAACAACGCAUUUCAGCUUGUCAGCAUUGGAAAGUUAUCAGUUGAAAAAGCCCUGGAUUUAACCCUGUACUUGAAAAAUGAAACAGAAAUUAUGCCUGUAUUCCAAGGUUUGAAUGAACUGAUACCUAUGUAUAAGUUAAUGGAGAAAAGAGAUAUGAGUGAAGUGGAAACUCAAUUCAAGGCCUUCCUUCUCAGGCUGCUGAAGGACCUUAUUGACAAGCAGAUGUGGACAGAUGAGGGCUCUGUCUCAGAGAGGAUGCUCAGGAGCCAGCUCCUCCUCCUUGCAUGUGUACGCAAGUAUCAGCCCUGUGUGCAGAAGGCAGAGGGCUAUUUCCAAGAGUGGAAGGCAUCCAAUGGAAACUUGAGCCUCCCUAUUGAUGUGACCUUGGCAGUGUUUGCUGUGGGGGCCCAGAGCACAGAAGGAUGGGAUUUUCUUUAUAGUAAAUAUCAGUCAUCUUUGUCUAGUACUGAGAAAAGCCAAAUUGAAUUUGCCCUCUGCACAAGCCAAGAUCCAGAAAAGCUCCAGUGGCUUCUAGAUCAAAGUUUUAAAGGAGAGAUAAUAAAAACUCAGGAAUUUCCACAUAUUCUCAUACUCAUUGGUAGAAACCCAGUGGGGUAUCCAUUGGCCUGGAAGUUUCUGAGGGAAAAUUGGAAUAAGCUUGUACAAAAGUUUGAACUUGGCUCAGCAACUAUAGCUCAUAUGGUUAUGGGAACGACAGACCAGUUUUCCACCAGAGCACGUCUUGAAGAGGUAAAAGGAUUCUUUAGCUCCUUGAAAGAAAAUGGUUCUCAGCUCCGUUGUGUUCAACAAACCAUUGAGGCCAUUGAGGAAAACAUACGAUGGAUGGAUAAGAAUUUUGAAAAAAUCAGGCUAUGGCUGCAAAAAGAGAAGUUGGAAAUGUGACAGUUUGUUUCUUGCCAAGUUUCUGUGAUUUAUAAUCAGCAAAACAUUGUCCAAUUUGAGUAUUUUCAAGCUAAAGAUGGUUGUUUUAGUUCCCACUGAAGAUAUUUUCUUAUUUCAUUUGACUUGAUCAUGUCUGAGAAAAGUUUGUCUUCAAUGUCUGUUGCUGCCAUGGGUCUGGCUAAGAUGUGGCCCUGCUGUGUAAACCCAAGUGCCCAGUUCCUUGCCACAGAAAAGCCAAAGGAGUUCUUCUCAUUUCGUACUUUAUGCUUCCACCCCCACAGCUUGCAAACCCCUGUGCCUUCUGUGUCAGUCAUUCAUCAAUGUCUCUGCAAGACUGGAUAGUGAGGCACGUGUGUAGCAGAUACUAGAAUCAUCCACCACACUGGAAAAUGGCAGUGUGCCAACCCUCCUAUUGCUCUCCCUAAAUCUACUGUCCACCCUGUCUUCCUGGCCUCAUGUAUGGGUGUUGCCUUGUAGGGUCCAGUUUACCAGCCAUCUUUGCCUUCUGGGUUUUUACUGAUAGACAACCCUAGAAGUUUGGAGUUGGAAUCCAGGAGGGAGGGGAUAGAGGUUUUACUUCUGAGAUAGCCUUCUUUUCCACAUAGUCCUUUUCUGUUUCUUGUCUGUAGUAAUUGCCUCCUCUAUGUCCACUCAGGGCGGGACAAGAGCAGGAACCUGGUGAUACCUGUCAUGGUAGUACUGGUCAUUUUUACACACCCUACUUGAACUUUUGUAAAAAUGUACAUUUAGAACCUUCCUUGAUAAGUCAGAUAUGAGAGCCACAUACUUCCUUUGGAAUCU